AUGCACAUCGAAAAAGAGUGUAAUUCACCUCGCGCAGAUUUAGACCCUGACCAAUACCCCGAAAGAGGUUUGAAGGCAUGCCUGGGAGCUCUGCAACCUUGGACAAGUACCCACCAACUCAAGGAUUAUUCGGAGUCAAGUAUCGGCUGGAUCUAUGGAACAUAUACAUUUUUCCUUUUCUUAGGAGGUGCACAAUUUGGUGCAAUCCUUGAUUCCCACGGACCUCUCUAUGUGGUGCUCCCGGGCUCUAUCGGGAUAGUACUUUCAUUAAUAUUUCUAAGCUUCAGUCAGGCUCCUCGCAUCGGUUUUGCGUGGGCAAUUCGCAUAAUUGCUCUGAAAGCAGUCGCCUCCCUCGAUUUCAAGGCUCUCAAAGAUAUCAAAUACGCAUCUGCGACGUUGAGUGUCUUCUUUGCUGAAUUCGCGGCUUUCAUUCCAAUCACAUACAUCACGUCCUACACGCUUCAUGCCGGCUUCGAUGAACAGAUGUCAUAUGCGAUUCUUGUCUUUCUUAAUCUUGGUGCUGUAUUCGGACGCUUCCUACCAGGACUGGUGGCUGAUCACUUGGGUCGGUUCAACGUCAUGAUUGUGAAUUGCUUGAUGUGUUCCCUAUUCACCUUCAUCCUUUGGCUUUUAGGGGAUCUAGUUGAGCCUGACAGCUUGGGGAUUGUCAUUAGCUACGCUAUACUGUUUGGUUUCUGGAGUGGGUCGGCCAUCAGUAUUGCACCAGUCUGCAUUUCUCAGGUCUGUGAAAUCCAAGAUUAUGGAAAAAGAGUUGGAACUACAUGGACGCUGGUCAGCUUUGGUACCCUCAUCGCUCUCCCUAUUGCAGGCGCAAUUCAACAGCACAACGAUGGGGAGUACUAUGGGCUGAUUAUUUUCGGGGGUGUUCUUUAUAUUUCAUCCACAAUUGCCUUCGUCAUCUCUCGUGGAAUUUGCAAAGGGUGGGCUUGGGGAAUCAAAUUUUAG